AUGAUGAGAGUUCACACCGGGGACAGGCCGUUCACCUGCUCAGACUGUGGGAGGGGAUUCACUUGCCCAUCUAACCUGAAGGUACAUCAGCGAGUUCACACUGGAGAGAGGUCGUUCACCUGCUCAGACUGUGGGAAGGGAUUCACUCGGUCAUCUGACCUAAUGGUACACCAGCUAGUUCACACUGGAGAGAGGCUGUUCUCCUGCUCAGUCUGUGGGAAGGGAUUCACUUGGUCAUCUCAACUGAAGGUACAUCAGAGAGUUCACACUGGAGAGAGGCCAUUCACCUGCUCAUACUGUGGGACAGGAUUCACUCAGUCAUCCUCCCUAAUGAAACACCAGCGAGUUCACACCGGGGAGCGGCCGUUCACCUGCUCAGACUGUGGGAAAGGAUUCAUUUGCUCAUCUAACCUGAAGACACAUCAGCAAGUUCACACUGGCGAGAGGCCUUUCACUUGCUCAGAAUGUGGGAAGGGAUUCAUUCGGUCGUCUUACCUGAUGACUCAUCAACGAGUUCACACAAGGGAGCGGCCAUUCACCUGCUCAGACUGUGGGAAGGGAUUCCCUUGCUCAUCUCAACUGAAGGUACAUCAGCGACUUCACACUGCAGAGAGGCCGUUCAGCUGCUCAGACUGCGGGAAGGGAUUCCCUUGCUCAUCUCAACUGAAGGUACAUCAGCGACAUCACUCUGGAGAGAGGCCGUUCACCUGCUCAGACUGUGGGAAGGGAUUCCCUUGCUCAUCCCAACUGAAGGUACAUCAACGAGGUCACACUGGCGAGAGGCCGUUCACCUGCUCAUACUGUGGGAAAGGAUUCACUCAGUCAUCUGAACUGAAGGUACAUCAGCGAGUUCACACUGGGGAGAGGCCAUUCACCUGCUCAGACUGUGGGAAGGGAUUCACUUGCUCAUCUCAACUGAAGGUACAUCAGAGAGUUCACACUGGGGAGAGGCCAUUCACCUGCUCAGACUGUGGGAAGGGAUUCACUUGCUCAUCCCAACUGAGGGUACAUCAGCGAGUUCACACUGGAGAAAGGCCGUUCACCUGCUCAGACUGUGGGAAGGGAUUCACUCAGUCAUCUCAACUGAAGGUACAUCAGCAAGUUCACACCAGGGAGCAGCCGUUCACCUGCUCGGACUGCUGGAAGGGAUUCACUUGGUCAUCUCAACUACAGAGACACCAGCGAGUUCACAGUGGGUAGACUGCUCAGACUGCUCAGACUUUAGGAAGAGAUUCUCUCAGCCAAAUCAACCAAAUGUGCAUCAUUGACUUCAAACUGGAGAGGCCAUUCACCUGCUGCGAUUGUGGGAAGUGAUUCACUUAGUCAUCUCGGCUUAUGUAACUCUCGCUUCUGCUAGCAGCUUAAUGUAGUGGUGAUAGCCCCCAGCCCAGCUAAACUUGUGAAAUCUCGUUUGGGUGGAUGGUGUGUGAUGUGUCCCCUGUUACAAAUCAUUUCCCCAAAAUUACAAACAUUACACAAUAUGCGAUUAAACAAUUUUCUUUCUAAUUCAUACUUUGACUAUAGGGUUAGUAAAGUAAACAAAGUAAAAUGGCCCACUCUCUCCAUUCACGUCUUCUCAUCUCUCCCUAGCGAAAGACCACAAAUUCUCUCUUCUAGACUCGCAGGAAAGAACGUUUCUCUCGUUGGAUAGCCCCGCACUCCAAAUCCCUCUUAUAUCUAGUCUUAACCUAAACAUUGCUGCUACAGAGAAACCAUUACCUCAGCAGUGAAACAUUACAGAGAGGCCAUUCCAUGAGCAUUGAAACCUUGCAGCAUGUUAUACUUGUGACACUCUACCGGGAUCACACUGGGGAGAAAGUUUCAAUGAGCUGCAUGCUGGAUAUUUGUCCAUCACCAUUGCUGAAUGCAAUUUCGAGGGUGACUGUCGCUGCUGAACUCUGCAAUUAUUGCUGCUGCUCACCACACCCAGUUCUGCACCCUGGUCACUGGGCAUGGGAGGAGUUUCUUCUGCUGCACAUUCACCUUUAACGUGACUGGAGUUUAAUAUUCU